CUCCUCCUCUCCUCCUCGCAGCUUUGCUCUUCUCGCCUCUUCGCUCGCCUUCAAUCUGUCGCUCUGCCCUCGUUGGCUUCGACGUGGCUCGAUCCCUUCCCUCCUCGCCUCCCCCCAUCUUCGCCCUGCGCCUGCGCUCCUUGUUCUUUUCCUCCCCUUGGUUUGCGCGCAUUCCUGUGUCGCUCCCGCUCCCGUCGAGCCUUUGAUCGCCGCAUCUCCUCUCCGCCCGCCGCCCAGGACCAUGAACGCUGCUGCGCCAGCGCACGGCGACACGUCUGCUUCGGCCGCUGUCGUCGUCGUUGGUGCCGCGUCCGCUCCUGCAGAUGCUUCCGCCGUGCCUGCCGGAAGCGCGCCUGUCUCUGCUCCCGACGAUUCUGUGGCAGGCGCCACCGCAGCUCAGCACGCCGCCCACGAAUUGAAGCGCAAGCGCACCCCGUCCGAUCCUCCGCCUGCUGCCCAGAAGACGCCGAAGACGACGAACACGCACCUGGCCAUCAACUAUCUCGCGCGUGCCUACGAGGAUGACCUGCCGCUCAUCUCCACCGAGGACUCGCUGCCCUCCAUCCUGCACAUCCUGAGCGAGUACCAGGGCGUGCUGGAGCGCCACGAGUCCAUGGCGUGCAAUCUCGGCGCCCGCCCGCUGGGGCCCAUCCUCAUCAAGCGCUUCGAAAGGCUGUUCGAUGGUCCGCCCAAGAUCCUCAAGAACCACGGCAAGGACGGCAAUACCGUCACCUGGCUGGAUGUCGUCGAGUUCGCCAGGACGAAGCCCGAGCAGUUUGUGCUCGGCCAGAUGAGCGAGGGCAUGCGCGUCUGCCAGAUCCACACCAAGCAGUGCCGCGUCCAGAUCAGCGAGGAAGACUUCAUGCUCAUUAGCAGCGGCAUGCCGCAGAAGCUGAUCCCGCCACAGCCCAUUGUUGAGGACGAAGAGAAGGAGCUGGGCACCCUCGAGAUCCUCGACAAGAACCUCACCAGCAUAAGCCACUUGGCCGACCAAGUCGCUGCACGUACACGACAGCUGAAGCAUCGCAUCAACGGGCGACGACAGGCUAUCCUCGAGCGCAGAGCAAACGAGCCAGGACCCGUGAUACGAGGCACCAGCCCUUCGGUGCUCAAUGGCAGCGGUGUCCCUAUCCCGGCCCAGUCUCCGUACAGCGAUUCCAAUGGCCGGCCUGCAGAGUACAGCAAGACUGGCGCAUCCGCAGCCACGCGCUCAGAACUGCUCAGCAAGUUCUUCACCCAGGCAGAGAAAGAGCGCAGAGACGCCGAGCGUUACGGCUCUCUGAAUGGAGAUCCACGCCGCUUCUCCGCAGCGGGAGCUGGCGCGUCACACUCGCACCGGGCGAGCACCGCCUCCGUCCAUCAGCAGUCCUCAUCUUCGUCGGGUCAAUACCGCGACAUUCAUCCGCGCGAGUCGCAUUACAACGGCUACGGCGGGAGUGGUGCCGCAGCCACUCCCGAUCGAGGCUUCAACGCUCACGUGUCCAAGUUCAAACAACAGCCGUCCCCACACACGUACGGCGACAACAUUUCUGUCCACGCUUUCUCCGUGCCUCAAUCUUCAGCUACCGCAGGCGUGAUCAAGGAAGUGAAGAAUGAGAACGACGGCCCGUACCGUGCUGAGAUGGUGUCGCGCAUGGAGGCCUUGAAGAAAGGUGAUCGUGUGCUGCCGCCUUGCGACCGGUGCAGGAGGUUGCACAUGGACUGCAUCAAGAAUCUGACCGCCUGCGCGGGCUGUACGAAGAAGCACGCAAAAUGCUCAUGGCGCGACGUGCGCGAAAGCGAGCUGUGGGGCCCGGAGAAGGGAAAAGUUCCCAUUCCACCAACGGCUGGCAUGGACAUAGAACCUCGUGACCGUGAGCCUAGCGUCGGCCUUCGGCCCACUGAUCACGCUUCUGUUCAGCUUUUGCAGGCUCUCGGCGGGGGUUCUGGUGGCGAGCAGCACCAACACAACGGUGGCGCUUCGCUUGCAUUCGACAGAGACCCGCGAGCACUGGCCUUGGAGGGCCUGACGGCUGCCGAGCAUCACGCUGCAAACGGAAACCACGAUCCGAACCUGCAACCUUAUCACCACAACGGUAACAAUCAACAUAGCCCUCCUCCUUUUCCUCAGACCUCUGGGCAGCCACUGCAGCAACAACAGCAGCCGGCGACGACGACCCCGCAAAGCACCGGUUUCCCACCCUCGAGACCAACAAGUAAUUCGGGUCCUCCAGCAGCACAGCCGUAUCCGCCACAUGGAUCGUCGGUACAGCAUUACGGACCGUACGAUGCGUCGCUGCCUUCAAGGGAAGAGGUCGAAAGAGAGCGGACCCUUGGCUCUUGAAGCCGAUUUGUAUCAUAUCUUUGUCCUUUUGAUCUUCUUGUUCCAGGAGCGAAGUCGUCGCCGUGAGAGGAACUUGCUUGUAUUGCGCUGGCCUCUUCUUCUCAGGCUCUCAAUUCCACCCUUGGAUUUUGAAUUUUAACCAGACUCGUUUGCCCUUUCCCUUUUGCCCGUCUGGUCAUGAUCAGCCACAUUUGGUAUUUCUUUUUCUCGUUUUUUUUUCUCCUUCUUUUCUCUGGCUUUGUCAUUCGUACGAAUUCUAGCGAGGCGUUCAUUGAUAACGGGAUGGACACGCAGGCGACGGGUUUCACAAAAAAAAGGGAGGGAAAUGUUCAGAUCCAGAUAUAUUAUGACCUCAACAGCACAGGCAAGAUACCAGUCCCGCCCUCUUUCGACUAAAGGUGGCAGCUAUCAAUCAUGUGUGAAGCAGUACAAAUCACACAAAUGGGGGGAGAGAAAAAACGAGAUGUCUCGGUAGUGGCUGCUCGUUCAAUUCCUACUUUAGCUAUAACGAAUUGAAAAUCCAACGCUAGCCUCCGCAGAGCACUCCCUUUUUUGCAGAU